AUGUCGUCCCCCGACGACAAAAUCUCUCGCGAUGAGAAGAACACCUCGGCCGUCGAGCCAGUCGAAGUUGGUCGCGUGUCCAACUUCAGGCGACGUCUGCCCGCGUUCAGCCUUGAGGUGCGACAAGAGGAGAGCAGCUUUGCCGCUAGCAAGAACGCCUCCAAUGCCGACUUCGAUCCCAUCCCGCCGUCCAAGCGUGUCUGGAACUGGGGUGCCUAUGUCGCCUACUGGAUGGCCGACGCCUGGGCUGUCUCGAACUGGGAAGUCGCUUCUUCCAUCAUCGCCGUCGGCCUCAGCUGGAGAAUGGCCAUCGGUGCCUGCGUUCUGGGCAAUUUCCUCAUGGGCCUCGUCAUCACAACCAAUGGUAGAAUAGGCGCCAUUCUUCACACGCCCUUUCCCGUCCUCGCACGCAUGCCUUUUGGCUACUGGUUCAGCUACUUUGUCGUCCUGUCCCGCUGCGUGCUCGCCAUUGUGUGGCUCGGUGUCCAAACCACGACGGGCGGUCAAUGCAUGACUGUCUUGCUCACAGCCAUCUGGCCAAGCUUUGCCAGGAUCCCCAAUCACAUUCCCGCGAGCGAAGGCAUCACCACCGCCGGCAUGUGUGGCUUUGUGCUCUACUUCCUGCUUCAGCUGCCCUUCCUUUGCAUUCCUUACACCAAGGUGCAAUACUUCUUCGCCUUCAAGAGCGUGAUUGCACCCAUCAUUUUCUUGGCCGUUUUCGGUUCCACCUUGCACAAGGCCGGUGGCACCAUCAGCCACAGUACCGUCAUCACUCAGGGCACCACCCUGCACGGUUCGGCGCUCGCUUGGGCCUUUUUCAGCAAUCUCAACGGCGUCUUGGGCAACUACGCCACCCUGGGCCUGAACAUCGCCGACUUUUCGAGGUACUCGAACAAACCUAGCGCACAGAACGUGCAAGCCAUCGUCAUCCCUGGCAUCUUCACCAUUGUUGGCCUGCUGGGCAUCUUCACCGCCGCAUCCUCUCAGACGGCAUAUGGCCGAGUCAUCUGGAAUCCCAUCGAGAUCGUCGGACUCUGGAUGGAAUCUGGCUCCCACGGCGGUCGCGCUGCUGCCGCCUUUGGUGCCAUCGGCCUGCUCAUCGUCACCCUCGGUAUCAACAUCUCGGCCAACUCCAUCAGCGCGGCCAACGACCUCAUGGCUUUCUGUCCCAAGUACAUCAACAUCCGCCGUGGUCAACUGCUUGCUGCCGUCAUUGGUAGCUGGGGCUUUGUUCCGUGGAAAAUCCUCGCAUCGGCUGCCAAGUUCCUUGCUUUCCUCGGCGGCUACACCAUUUUCCUGGGUCCCAUGACCUCUAUUCUCAUGACCGACUACUACAUUGUCCGACGCGGGAACGUGUCCGUCCCCGACAUGUACAACUUCCACGGCAUGUACCGCUACUCGCCCAAAUUUGGCAGCAACUGGCGCGCCGUCGUCGCUUUCUUCAUCGGCUGCAUUCCCCCGCUUCCGGGUUUCGUCGACAACAUCGUCAAGGCGGGCAAUGGCAAGACCAGCGUCUCUUUGGGCGGUCAGCACCUGUUUGCCAUCGGCUACAUGUACUCAUUUGUCGCCGCCGGCGUCUUCUACUGGCUCUUCAAUCGCUUCUUCCCGCACACCGAGUCCAUCAUGGAUCACCCAGAGACGGGCGAGGACAUCAUCGCGGCCAACGACGCCAAGAAUGUUGAAGAGCGUCGCGCCAGUCGGAUCGAGCGGAGGCCGAGUGUAGUCACCAAGUUCUUUGAAGUUUAG